AUGAUUUAAUCUAAAAUGAUAGAAAAAGAGGAAGAACUUCUUUGUUCUUUAAAGCAUAAACUUCCUAUCUAAAUGGUUGCAUGUGAUAGUAAUUUAAAGAAGAAUCAAAGACUUCUAUGCCCUGAAUGCAUGGAAAAUUUAGAAUCAAAAGCCCAAUUAAUGAGUUUUAAGAAAGUUUUAAAAAAUAUAGAAGAUAAUCAAAAAUAAAAAAAAGAAUCCGUUGAGAAUGUGAUAAUAAUAUGCAUCAAACUAAUUGAAGAACUCUAAAGAAAUCUAUUUUAAUUAAAGUCUAGUGUUGUUCAAUAAUUAGAUUAAUUAAUUGGAAAUGUAGAUGAAUGGAUCAAAAAUGUAUAAAUAAUUGGAUAAUAAAAUGUUACUUAUAGUUUUUUUGAUGAAUUGGAAAAUUUAAUUAAUAAAUAAAAAUUGAGUGAAUUCAAUCAGAAAUCAUUAAUUGAUCAAAUUAAUUAAAUUAACUUAUCAUGGAAUUAAAAAAUUGAGAAGAAAUUAAAUUUAUUUAAAUCAUUUUAAGAAACUAACAAAUGUGAAGAAAUAUUAACAAAAUUAGCAAACAUCUAUAAAAAAAAAGAGAAUAUUAGCAAAUAAAUAUUAAUUUAAGUAAAAGUAUUAAGUUAUUAUUUAGACAUAAAAGGAAGUGAUAUAAGUUGAGAAUGAAUAGAAUUAAUUGGAAUAAUAAUUGAUGAUGUAUAAAUAAGUUCAAUUUUAAUUAAUUGAUGAUUCAAAUUAAUAGAGAUGGUAUUGUUACGCAAUAGUGUUCAAUAAAGAUGGAUCAAUUAUGAUUACAGCUGAUUCUAGUAGAAUUAAAAUUUGGAAUUUUGAAUAAGGAACAUUUAAAUUAUCUAAAUCUUAUAAGGAACAUCCUGAUAGUGCUAUUAGAUCUUUAGUGUAUAGCAAAAAGACAAAUAACUUUAUUUCUGGUUGUGGUUAUCAUAAAAUUAUCUGUUGGUAAUAAAUUAAUUAAAAUGAGUGGAAAUGCUCAUAACAAUUUGAAUAACAUAGUGAUAUUGUUUAUUGUUUAAUGUUAAAUAAAUAAGAGGAUCAACUUAUUUCAGGAGGGUGUGAUCAUAAAAUAAUAGUAUGGUAAGUAGAUUUUAUGAAGAAUCAUCUGAAUUAUCUAUAUACCUUAGAUUAACAUUAUACAAGUGUUGAAUCACUCAGUUUUAAUUAAUCUGAAACUGUAUUGGCAUCAUGUGGUUAUGGAGAAUUUAUAAUAUGGGAGAAAGGAUUAUAAGGAAAAUGGGAAUUCAAAUAUAAAUAAAGUGUUUAAAGAGGACGUAAAAUACAUUUCAUUAAUGAUUAAUAAUUUAUUUGGGUAACUAGAGAUAAGUAAAUAAAUGAUAUUUUAGUAUUUGAAUUAUAGAAUGGAGUCUUUAAAUAGAAUUCAAAUAAAACUAUCACUUUAAUUAAAAAUGAUCAAUGUGAUGAUGAUAUAUUAUUUCCAAUUAUACAUAAUAGAGAUAAAAAUGUGAUAUUGAUAAGACACAAAAAUCAUAUAUAUUUGAUUAGAUAAUUAAAUGAUGGCACAUUUAAAAUUCUUGAAUCAUUAAAUUGUUAAACUAGAGAAACAUAUGGAACAAUGACCAAUAAUGGAUAAUAUUUAGUAUUUUGGGAUAAAAAAUUUGAAAAAUACUCAUCAUAUGAGAUAUUAUAUAAAUGA